AUGAUCUCAGGUCUCAGGCUGGUGAAAGAUGGUCACGUUCCUUAUGUGACCGCCUACGAGCAACUUCCCGAAGAGAUGAAGCUGGUUGGUCAGGAGGCUCUUUUCUUCCAUGUCGAGACCAUCCCGUCUCAUCGCUCCGUCCACAAAGAGGCGCAGGGCCUGCUUCUCUUUCUGCAGCUUCCUGCCUUUCCUCCAGUCAGCCAGCAGACCUUGCUCCAUCCAGCGCCACUCUGCCUGCGUUACCUGACCGACGCUAACCUGCCCGGUAACACCCUCACCUGCCGGACCCAGUUAGUCCCUCAGACCGACCAGCUGCACAGGUGGGUCUGCGUCCUGAUGGAGCGUGCGGAUAUGGCCGACGAGAGCUGCCACACCGUGGACCUGGCCUCGCAGCCCGACCUGCCGGCGUACGACCUGCAGGCCGCCGCCCUCCUCAUCGUCACCAUGAAGGUGUUGUUUGGACUGGACGACCAAACCGAGUGGUACCUGACCCGCCUGAACUGGAUUUAUCAAACAAGGCUGGUUCCCAGGAUGACUCAGCGGCUUUGGUUCUGCUCCACAGAGCUGUUCAGCUUCAGGAAGUGGUACCGACUGGUUCAGGCCGCUUUGACCCGGGCUCAGCAGAGGAGGAACCAGGACAUCGCCAGGAAACAGUGGAAAGGAAAGAAUGUGUUUUUCACAAACAAGAGGGACAAACAUUUUGCGAUAAAGAAGAGAAGAAUCUCCGAGAGUAUCCAGAUGUGUUUUAAGAGGCUGUCUUCCCAACCGGCCGCCGUCCAGGACGCCGGACCCUCCAGCUUCCUGUUCUGCUGGGGGGGCGAGGACGGGUCGAACGGGUCGGACGGGCCCGGCCUGCACCACCUGAAGCUGGACGGAGUCGUCUCCCUGAACCGCGGCUUCGUGACUCCCUGGAACUUCAAAUACUGGCAUCCGCCGCUCCGACCCUGCAACCCCCGGACGUGCAGCAGUCAUUACGGCGAGCUGGAGCCGACGCUGCCGCGCUCCUUCGUCUGGCUGCUGCAGCUCUUCGCCUUCAUGCUGGACGUGGAGGCCUGGCGUCUGUUCGACGCGGUGCUGGAGGUGGAGAGGCGGGUGUUUGGCGUCAAAUCGCCGCAGAGCGGACAGCAGAUCGAGAUCGAGGAGAACGCCGGGAAAUGGAGGAGGAGAAGGACACGGACUGAGAAACAGACCAGGACUCAGAGUUGAGAUCCAGUAAGGAAACCGAAAAGCUGAACUAAAGGAAGAAAACAGAAUGAAUGUGACGUUUGUUACUCAGCUGCAUGAUAGAAAUAUUUUUCUAAUUAACCGAACAUCCUGCUCUCUGGACAGAUGACAGAAAAUACCACAAAAAAUACGGAUAACUUAGACUUAGACAGCUUUAUUUGUGCGUACAGAACGAAAUAUAAUAAGAUAAAAGCAGAAACGCUCCUGAAAGAGAAUUUGUUGGGCCUUUUUUUUUUGGAAAUAUUUAUUUUCUCUACAUAAAACUCUUUUUCUAAAAUGUAUUUUUAAUAAUUUAAACCUGUAGUAGACGCGUGCUGUCUGCAGUUAACGGGUGAGAAUAUCUGGGUUUGUUUUUACUCGUCCUGCUUUGUCUGGAAACAAAGAGACAGCGGGGCGCUGCAGUGGCAGCGGAAUGACCAGCAGGGGGAGACAAACUGCAGCUUUUCUUUUCCGGUCCUGAGCUCAUUCUAAAAAAUCACCGGUUCUGCAUUCACACACACAUCAGCAGACCAAACCCAUCACAGCUGUUUCUGCUUUCUGAAAGCUUCUCCUUCCCCUGAACACCAAUGUUUAGGAAAGUUUUGUCCCUUCCUGCAGGUAAACACAGAAAAACUCAAAUAAAUCCAGUUCUCAGGCUGCAGGUUCUUUCUGUCCUGCUCCUGCUGCCAUGGAGAUAUUACAACAAGCAGCCAAUUGGCCAACCAUAUGGUGCUGCGUUCACUUGCUGUAGGAUUUUAUGGGGUUGUAUGCUGUCUCUGUGAAUUUCUCGUUUAAUUAUGUUCAAAUAAACAGUCGAUCUCUGUAGUUUU